CGCUGGAGAGCUCAGGGCGGACAAUGGGAGUUCGGGCCGAAAAUGGCAACGCUCCCAGAAUCGGCGGCGGCCGACCAGGGUUCAGCACCUGCUUCGGGAACAAGAUCUAUAACAUAAAGGUUUUUGUGUUCUGCCAUGGCAUGCUACAGCUGUCUCAGCUCCUCUACAGUGCAUACUUCAAGAGCAGCCUGACGACCAUUGAGAAACGCUUUGGCCUUUCCAGUUUCGCCUCUGGCUUCCUCUCCAGCUUACAUGAGAUUGGCAAUAUCGUCCUCAUCAUCUUUGUCAGCUACUUUGGGAAUCGAGUUCACCGGCCUAGGGUAAUAGGCUUUGGAGGCCUGCUGAUGAGCGUAGGAACCUUCCUUCUGACUCUUCCACAUUUCCUCUUACCCCCGUACAAAUAUUCAGCAACAUUCAUCGAUAAUAACAGCAACAUUACAACUGAGAUCUGCCUCAGAGAGAGUGAACGCCCAGUCACAAACUUCACCGUGGAUACCCAGGCAGAAAAAACCUCUUUGUGGGGGAUAAUGGUAGUUGGCCAGCUGUUGGCAGGAAUUGGGACUGUCCCAAUUCAGCCUUUUGGGAUUUCCUAUGUGGAUGAUUUUGCAGAGCCAAACAACUCUGCAUUGUAUAUAGCAAUCUUAUUUGCCAUAUCAGUGUUUGGGCCAGCAUUUGGAUAUCUCCUUGGCUCAGCAGCACUGCAGAUCUAUGUGGACGCUGGAAGAGUUGACCUGAAGACUAUAGACUUGACUCCUGGAGACCAGCGUUGGAUUGGCGCAUGGUGGUUGGGACUUCUCAUUGCCUCAGGUUGCUUGAUGCUCUCAUCCAUUCCCUAUUUCUUCUUCCCUCGAUACAUGAUCAAAGGGAAGGUAGAAGCUGAAGUGGAUGCCUUGAAGAAGAAGAUUGAAAAAACAAAGGCCGAAGAAGGAUCCUUGUUGGAAUUUAUUAAAAAGUUCCCUCAAGGCAUCCUCUCACUGGUUCUCAAUCCAUACUUCUUAUUGCUGGUUAUAGCUCAGUGCAGCUUCUCCUCGGUCAUCGCUGGCCUGUCUACCUUUCUCAACAAAUACCUGGAGAAACAGUAUGGGACCACCCCCUCCUAUGCAAACUUUCUCAUUGGAACCAUCAACCUGCCUGCUGCUGCUCUGGGAAUGCUGUUUGGAGGCAUGCUCAUGAAGCAUUUUGGCUUCUCCCUGAAAACCAUCCCACGGUUCUCCACCGUUGUACUGCUUGUAUCCACGUUUUUGUGCCUUCCGCUCUUCUUUAUGGGCUGUUCCACAAAGAAAGUGGCUGACGUUUAUCCACCCAGAACAUCAGGUUCCUCGAUGCAGAAUCCAUGCAACAAACACUGCUUCUGCACUGGUAUCUUCCACCCUGUCUGUGGAGAUGAUGGUGUGGAAUACAUCUCUCCCUGCCAUGCAGGUUGUACUGGCUUCAUCUCAAAUUUUUCUACACACAUGGUUACGAUGUACACAAACUGCUCCUGUAUCCACACAAAAGCUGGACAGUCCUCAGCAACGAUAAUAUCCUGCCCGAUUAGUUGUGCCCAUUGGCUGCUUCCUGUUAUAUUCCUCAUCUCAUUUGCUGCACUGGUAGCCUGCCUGUGUCAUAACCCUAUGUACAUGAUGGUGUUACGAGUGGUGGGCCGUGAUGAAAAGUCCCUGGCCAUUGGAGUCCAGUUCUUGUUGUUGCGAUUGCUAGCUUGGUUGCCAGCUCCUGCCCUCUUUGGCUUACUCAUUGACUAUUCAUGCAUCUGGUGGAGGAAGCAGAAUGGCAAGAUAGGAUCCUGCGCUUACUAUAACAACCACCUCCUGCGCAGCAGGUACUUGGGUCUCCAGGUGGGUUACAAACUUCUUGGUAUUCUGCUGUUGAGCUUAAUCACCUGGAAGAUGACCAAGAACAAGGAAUACAAUGUGCAAAACAAAUCCGCUGGCCUAGUAUAGCUUUGCACUACAAGGACCCCUCUUGAACAUCACUUUAUGCCUUGAGCACUGUUUUGUACCUUGCCCAUAUUUACUUAACAGCCUUUGUGGCCUUUUUACAUUAAGGGAACAACUUCAUAUUCACAGCUGAACUUUCCAUUCUUGCACAUAAGCUCCUGCUAUGUGCAGCCCAGUGAAAUGGACAUUGCGGUGCUGGUAAAUGGAGCUAUGAGAUGGACUCCCAAGACCUGGCCAAAAGGAUAGUGUUAAAGAGCCAGUGC